UGCUCCAUUUACAUCCGCCAAAUUUUCAAAGCACCAUUUCUUCUUAAUUUACCUUUUGCUCUACCCGUGUGCUUUUUAAUCAUGAUGGACCAAGAGGAAUACAAAAUGUACUUUUUAGAAAACAGGCUGAAAACAUUCAUGGGUUGGCCAUUCGAAGAAGGUUGCGCUUGCACCCCAGAAAAGAUGGCCAGAGCCGGAUUCCUCCACACUCCUUCAGACAACUGCCCCGACGUCGCCAAAUGUUUCUUCUGUCUGAAGGAGUUGGAGGGCUGGGAACCAGAGGAUGACCCUGCAGCUGAGCACAGAUCCCAUUCCUCGAAAUGUCCCUUCAUCAACCUUAAGAAGGAGGUGGAGGCACUGUCCGUUGAGGAGUUCCUCAAACUGGAAAAAGAGAGGGAUAAAUAUAUCAAUAACAAAGUCACUGGUGAAGCCGUCAGCAAAUUUGAAGAGGGGGCCAAACUGAUUAGAGCUGCAAUGAAGUCGGCCAGCGGUGACAAAUAGGAGGGGAAGGACAAACCAAUGGAUGGGGCGGGGGGGGGUACUCUUCUUGAGUAGAGCUUUAUACCUGUUUAAUCUAUUUUAUUUUAUUUCGUGGUUUCAGUGCAAUCUUCUUGUGUUUUUAUGUUUUUACUAUUAAACCCAUCCAUUGUGUAUGCUUCACAUUGUAUUUCUAUGAUUCUAUGUGCUGACAUUUC